ACCCUAAAUUAACAGGAAUUCUAGGGGAUUUCUUUUUCUCGCGUUGACACACCUGAUGCACUCAGAACGAAAUUUACCAGCAGUCGAGAGUGUGUUGAAUAUAUGUGAUUGCAUUUAUUUUCCUUUUAAAGUUUAAAUGGAAAUGAACAGUUAAUGCAAAAAUAGUGCGAAAAAAAAUAAAUUAGACAUCAUUUUAGUGUUUUUCGUUUAAUUUUGCAAUAAGGAAAAAUGCUACAAGUGGCACUAAAACGUAAAUUUGGUUAUGAUGACUUCAAAAAUGAGACACAAAAGAAAGCAACUGCUGCCGUUUAUAGAGGUGAUAAAGAUGUUUUUAUUCGAAUGCCAACUGGAUCCGGUAAAUCGCUUUGCUUUCAAUUGCCAGCAGUUUUAAAGGAAAAAUCUGUGACUCUCGUUGUUUCGCCAUUAAUUGCAUUGGUCAAAAAUCAAUUGGAUUUUUUGGAGGGGAAAAAAAUAAAUGCCAAGGCAAUUAAUUCGAAAAGUACGCAAAAUGAACGAAAGGCAAUUAUUGACGAUUUAUUGUCAAAAUCACCAAAAAUUCAAUUACUCUACGUCACACCGGAAAUGUGCCUUCAACCGAAUUUUCGGUCCAUCGUGAAAUCGUUAAACGAUAAUAAAACACUUUCAUUUUUGGUUAUUGACGAGGCGCAUUGUUUAAGUCAAUGGGGACAUGAUUUUCGACCGAGUUAUCGAAAAUUGUCAUUUUUCCGUGAAACAUUUCCCGAAAUUCCCGUUGUUGCUUUAACGGCAACGGCAACAAAUGAGGUAAUCAAAGACAUUACGUCGUCGCUCAAUAUGAAGAAUCCAUUGAUGAUAUCGACGCCAAUAUUUCGUUCAAAUCUUUAUUACGACGUCUGGUAUCGGGACGCAAUUAAAAAUCCCAUAAUUCAUUUAAAAGAAUUUAUUAAGGAAUGCCUCGGUGAUAACGAAGAAACAAAGCCUGAAAAGAAAAAUUGUGGAAUUGUUUAUUGCCGUCGAAAAGAAGACACGGAAACUAUUGCCGAGAGAUUGUCCAGUCUUGGAAUUUCAACCCUUGCAUAUCACGCUGGAUUGAAAAGUAAGGAACGAGAGUCAGUUCAGGAUAAAUGGACCUCUGGAGAAGUGCCAGUAAUUGCGGCAACUUGCAGUUUUGGAAUGGGUGUCGAUAAAGGACCAGUUAGAUUUGUUAUUCAUUGGACAGUUCCGCAGUCGAUUUCGGCUUAUUAUCAGGAGUCGGGCAGAGCCGGACGCGAUGGAAAACCGGCAUUUUGUCGGGUUUAUUACAGUCAGGAUGAGUGUAAUAUUAUUGGCUUUUUAAUAAAAGAAGCAAAGGGUGAAUAUUCACAAUUACCGCCGGAUGUUGCCAAACACAAAUGGGGCGAUUUUGAAAAAGCAGUCGCUUACUGUAUGGACGUUAAAUGUCGUCACGGUGUUUUUUCGAAAUACUUCAAUGACUCGGUGCCGGCCUGUAAAAAAUUGUGUGACGUUUGCAAUGAGAAGGACGCCGUUAAAGAGCGUUUAACUGAAUUGGAAUUUUGUUCGACGAAAAUAAAAAAUAAUAAAUCUAAUGAUGAAAGUUUUUCUCUUGCGAAAAUUGACAAUAAUUUAUUUGAUGACAAUAAUUCGCAUGGAAUAUCGGCGGAGAAAAGAGAAGAGGAUCGACGAAAAGCAGAGAAGGAAUUAAUUGAUCGACAAUUUGCAUUGAGAAGAAAUUCAAAAAGUAUCGAGGAGGAAAAAGAGGAGAAUGAAUACGCAAAAUAUUCAUACGUUCUGGCUGCUGAAUUUACAUCGUCAAAAAUUAAGGGACUCUCAGUCAAGACAAGAGAAACUCUUUAUGAUCAACUUUUCGAAAUUCUAUCGAAAAAUUGCCGACUAUCUGAUUUAAAGCGUUCCAAUGAGGAUUUACGAAAUGUGGCACUUCAAUUGGAGUACAAAACUCUUACUGGCACUCGAUUAAGUAACGCCUACAAACUCAAUAUGCAUAAACUGAUAUCAUCGAUAAAAAAAUGCAACGACAGCAAUUCAUUGCACGAGAGUUUAAACGAAAAAGAGGGAAAAUUACCAAAUAAUUUGGACGCGGAAAUGGCGAUUUUUGAGGAUUCAAUAAAAAACGAGAAUUUAUCAACAAUGAAACACGAGGGUUUCAAGUCGGCAUUGGAAAUUUCCAAAAUGUCAUCGUCAAUAAAAAAAUCAGAUGAAAAAUCAAAUGAAAUUAGUAAUUUACAAUUAAAAACAAAUACAACGAAUAUAAACAACGAUAAAAAUUCAUUGCCAAAUCUCAAUAAUAUUGAGUGUUUGAAGAAUAUUCAAUUUGACGGUUUCAAGACGGCAUUGGAAAUUAUUAAAAAUCAAGAGGCCGCGAGGGAGAAGGAGAAGAGGAAAAAAAUCUCCAACACCGAUGACGAGGAGGAGAAAAAAAAAUUGAAGAAAAAUGAAAAUGGAAAGUUAAAGGAAUUUUUUAAAAAGGAAAAUUGUGAAUUAAAAGACGAGGCGAAGGAGGAAAGUGAAAAAAGUGUGACGAAUAAAUUGAAAAUUGAUAAGUUUGAGCAACAGGAUAAAAUCAAAAAGCGACAAGCGAGGGAUAUGUUGUUUGAUUGUGAACCACGUGAAUCGCCGAGGAAGAAAGGAAUCGAUCAACAAAGUGUAAGAAGGACAAUUGAAAUUAUUGGGAAUAAUGAAACGAGUGUAAAAUCGUCGUCCGCGUCAUCGUCAUCGACAUCAGUGGCAGUUGCGAAAGAUGUGAAAAAUUCACGAAGAAAAUCGAAAAUCGAUGAGAAAAAUUCGAAAAGUUUGAAAAGUUCAAACAGUUCGAAAAAUGGGAAAAGUACGAAAUCAAGUGAUAAGGAUUAUAAAAAGGACGUGAAUGUUGCAUUACAUUGGAAAAUAUCGGACAUAACGAAAAAAAAUCUUCAAGAAUAUUUUCCCUCGCCCGAUAUUCCCGAUAGUGAAACAUUUAAAAUAAUUUGCCGAAAAAUGGUGCAUCAAUUACUCGCCAAACGAAUGUCAGAGGAAAAAGACAUACAAAUUUUCGUCAAGAAGAAUUUAGCUUUUUUCAAAAAAAAAUUGCUGAGCAAGACUUAAAAAAAAUUAGGACGUUAUUUUCAUCAAUACUGAACUGAUAUAUUUUUUUUUUUUUUUUAUACACAAAGGGAAAUCUGAUUUAAAAGUAUGUAACAAAAAUCAAGUUCCUAUUUCAAUUAUUAUAAUAAUAUUUAUUAAAUUAUAAUUAAUUUUUUUUUCCAUGUUUGUUCGGUUGUUCCAUUGUGAGACAUUUAUUAUUAUAAUUAUAAUCGUUACGAUAAGCUGCUAGUUUUUAAUUUAUUAAUUAAAAUUAUAUUUAUAUUAGUAAAAAAAAGAAGAAAUUAUAUUAUUCGUUUGAAACUUUCCAUAAAAGAUGUGAAAGAAAUUUUAAUCUGAUUGUUUCAUUUUGAAUAAUUUCGUUGUACAAAAGAAAAAAAGAUUAGUGAAAGAAUACAAAUUACUUAUUUUUUUAUAUAUAGAUAUG